AUGUCUUCCAUCAUCCGCAACCUUCUCGCGCUCAGCGCUGUCGCCUCCGUCGCCGUCGCUCAACAAGUCUCAGGCCCAGCCCCCAAGCUCGACGCUCCCUGCGCCGAUGUUGUCAUCUUCAUGGCCCGCGGUAACAAUGCGCCGUACCAUGACUCACGUACAUUUCCCUUCGUCGAAGCUACCUGCGGCAAACUGAGGGCUGAGGGCAAGACCUGCGACUACAUCGAGGUUGUCUUCCCCUAUGGCGGCGACUACUGCCCACAAAUUGCCGAUGGAGUCCGCAACGGUCAAGCCCAGAUCACGGCUUUCAACAAGAAGUGCCCUUGCACGCACCUUAUCCUCAAUGGCUACUCUCAGGGUGCCUGGAUCAUGGGUGAUAUCCUUGCUGGACCUGGUGGAUGCUCCCAAUUCACCACCGGUCUUGACCCUACCACGGCUCCUGGUAAUGCCAUUGCUGCUGCUCUCCUCUGGGGCGAUGUCCUGCACGAGGCUAACGAGCCAUACAACGUUCUUGACGGCGCUGGUCUACAGAAGAGCGGUCGCCCCGAGCCCUCUCUUUCCCGCCUGAACCGCUACUCAUCCGUCCUGCGCUCUUACUGCGCCAAGGGAGACCCCAUCUGUGCCAACGGCGACGACCUCUCCAAGCACUUGAGCUACUUUGAGCUGUACACCGGCGACGCCUCCACCUGGGCCGUUAACAAGAUCAAUGCCGUCGCCCCUCUCUGUGACGCUCCCACACCUUCGCCCAGCGCUUCUUCUUCUGCCGUCGCCUCGUCUGUUACCAUUGCCGCUGUUGCAUCCUCAAGCGCUGCUGUUUCCUCUGGCUCUGCGGCUGCUUCUUCCGUUGUCGUCGCCUCUGUUGGAUCUUCAAACGCUACUGUUCCUUACCCCUCCCGUGUUCCUGGUUCCUCCACUGGUUCCUCCACUGGUUCCUCCACUGCCGCCGCUCAUCACGCUGCUCCCACGUCUCCAGUUUACGUUGCUCCCUUCACGGCUCCUCAGCCAUGGAACGAUGUGUGCGUUACCAACAUCAAGGUCGAAUAUGUCUACGCUUAA